UCUUGGGUUCAGCGGAGAUCAGCGAGUAACUUGUUUUGUCCUGAGAAGUGAGAUUUCCCCUGUCUCACUCUUAGUCUGUUUGGCAGUGGUAAUAACAGCUUCUACCUCAGCUGGAUAUAGGGAUGUGGUUUCAGGAAACCCAAGCAGGAGGCAACAGACAACUUGAUGUGAUAGAUUUGGACUGAAGAUUAUUAAAUAAAAAUGGCUAAGAUAACUGUUCACCCGCUUACCAAGAACCCAACUAAAGCUUGGCAAAAACUUCAGGUGAAACAAAGUAUAUCUAAAGUUACCCCCCUUGAUCCUGACACUCCUGUGCAGAUUGACAAGGUGCGCUUUGUGUGCAUUUCGGACACACAUGCACGUGUGGAGAGGCUCCAAGAUUUCAUUCCAGAAGGAGAUGUGUUGCUACAUGCUGGAGAUAUUACAAAUGUUGGCUUGCCGUUUGAAAUUGAGAAGUUUAAUGAGUUUUUGGGCAAACUUCCUCACAAACAUAAAAUUGUUAUAGCUGGUAACCAUGAUCUGACAUUUGAUGAUGACAUGGUGAAGACAAAACGACAUGACUUGGAAAUGCGAUUUAACAUCCGGAAGGAAAAGUUUGAAGAUUAUCUUAAUGAGAGAGGUAUAGCCUCAGUGAAGUCCCUGCUCACUAACUGUACGUAUUUGGAGGAUAGCAUGGCAGAAGUUUAUGGAAUCAGAAUCUAUGGGGCGCCAUGGCAGCCUGAGUUUUGUGACUGGGGAUUUAACCUGCCAAGAGGCCAAGCCUGUCUGGAUAAAUGGAACAAAAUCCCAGAAGAUGUUGACAUUUUGAUAACACAUGGACCGCCCAUAGGUCACGGAGAUAAAUGCUUUGAUGGCAGCCAUGUUGGUUGUGUGGAGCUUUUGAGCACAAUACAACAACGGAUCUUCCCUAAAUACCAUGUGUUUGGACAUGUCCAUGAAGGUUAUGGAGUGACCACCGAUGGAGUGACGACGUACAUCAACGCCUCAACCUGUACAUUACAGUACAAACCCCGGAAUCCACCCAUCAUCUUCGAUAUACCUUUACCUGAAGGUGUUAGUAAAACUUGUUGAGAAGUGAAGGAGUCCAAAGCUUUUCCUCUUCAAUCUUCUUUUUACAUUCCUUCUGAUUUGCUUCGCACCAGAGUUAAAGCUGACACUAAAAAUCAUCACCUGUGUGUAUAAACUUUGUUGAUGUGAUGACUGUGAACUUUGUUGAUGUGAUGACUGUGAAUUAACUAUACAGACAUGAUUAAGUAUGCAUACAAUAUAUUUCUUCACCCUGUUAGCUUUUUAACUGAAACUUUGCAGAUUUCUUUAGUGUACUGUGAUAGAAGACAAAUUCAAGUUAAGUGGUGAACUAUAAAGUUAUGACUGCUGCUGUUUAUUUUUCAUUUGUUGGAUCUACCUUUUUUGCCUACAAAGUUUGUUCCUCGGGCAAUUUCCUACCAUUCCGUGAAUACACAUGAAUAAUCUCCAUGUGCAUUUUAAUUUAUUGAAGGAAUGCUGUAUUAUAUACUCGAAUAUUUGAAAUGUACAUAUUUUUCUAUCAAAACCAGUGAACCAUUUGGGGACUAUGUAUUGCGCAGCGAUACUUCUUGAACGCUUGUCAUUUCUAUUAUACGGUAGUGAUACAUUUAUUUUAUUUCGAUUUUUUUUUCAAUUUUUUUUUGUCAAGAACGUGUGUGUGUCAAUACAACCCGGAAAACAUCAUUGACAAAAACGUAGUAAGACGAGGUUUUAUAAAAGUCUUUACGGACGACAUAACAUGGGCAGUGAGUGCUUAAUUCAGGAGGCUAAAUCAACAACAUGUUUGGCCACCCACUAAAUGUCAAGGAGCUUCAUUCAGCCAAUGAGCUGUCGGAAUGAAGCCUUUAUUGUGAAUAAUGUUUUCCGGGUUUGGUUCACAAGAGAUGAUGCCAAAUAGGUCAUUGCUACACCGUUCUUUCACGAUUUUUUUAAGGAAUGGUCGCCAGCAUUAAGUUUUCUCCCUUUUGUCGUAAAUGGUGUUUCCGAGUGUUAAUUUUAUUUUGUGACGGCUGUGGGACCAAGGGACAACUACAUGGGGCGUGGUGGCAUUAGCUGAAAGGUUUAUCAAAAGCAUUACCUCCAGUUCAUAUCAAGAUAGCAUUCUAAGAAUAACGGUCUUUCAAAGAGGCCAAGUAGUGCAGUUUCAUCUAUAGACUAUUUCUUUUAGAGAGUCCUAUAUUCAGCUCUCCGUUAAAUCAGUCGUACUCGCUACCAAAAUUUGCCUUUAGUUAGUGACCCGUAACAACACAAUGUUGCAAGGAAAAUUGUUAAAAAGUUAGAACACUUUUUCUCAUCCAUAAUGUUUAAGGCCAUAUGCUAUGUUUCGACGGCAAGAACCAAUUGCCCCGGAUGACGUCGUAAUUAUUAAAAAAAUAGUUUCAUGCUGGAUACUGGGCGGUGUUACAUGUUUUAAAGGAGGGUAAAACCAAUCAACUGAACUGCUGUGGACUUCACUGUAAACCCUGCUUCAAAAAGAUUUCAUUUGUACGACGGCUGCCAGCAUGGUGGAAAAAAAACCCAUAAUGCUGGCCACCUUCGUACAAGUGAAAACAUUUUUCAGUACGCGUUUAAACUACAAUCAAACAAAAAUCAAAUAUGUUUACUUCCAGUCAAAUCCUUUGAGAAAACACUUCAUAUACUUCAUUGUGACAACAACCUGGGGUAAGAAUAGCCGUGCACUGAACGAACUUUCUUUGCUAGUAAACUAGCUGAACCAUGAGAUAUGAUCCCUGGCAGCAUUUAGACACAAUAUUAGAUCAACACCCUUGUGUAAAUGGACUAAAAAGGAUGUUGUGUUAAACCACAGCAUUCCUUGCAGUAAACAUGGGCUGCAAAGCCUGUUGUGAGCCCUUUAGACUACGUAUAAUGAAAACAUUUUAUUGCCGAUCUGUGUCCUUUAUACCUGAUCUAUUCAGACAAAAAACACUCCUUUCUAUACGAUUAUAUUUAUAUAUUUUAUUUGUGGAGAGAGGAGGGUGUAAGUUGGU